CUAUCCCUUCUCUUUCUUACUUUUCAGAUUUUUUUUUUAUUUUUAUAAUAGACAGUUUCUCAUUGAGAAACCAUUGAUGGAGAUGCUCUUACGCUUUUCCAAAUUGUAACUAACUUCGAAUAAAAUGCAUCAACAUCCAUAGAUCCUAAAUUUAUGUAGUGUUGCUUAAGAUUUGAUAUAGACGUAGAACAUCAUUCUGCUGAAAUGUCUUCAACAAUAUUUUCCAAACUACAUUUUCAGUCUUAAAAAUUUCUAUACAAAACACUUUGACCAAGUUCAGUCUUAGAAACAGAAAUCAUAAGUUAAGAAUCUAUCACAUCAUUAUAACGGUGCCAAGUUCGCAUCAUAAUGAUGAUCUGGUUGGUUAAUGUAUAGUUUUGUAUAUAUUGACGAAGAAAAUUGAGUCGCCAUCCACAAAAUUGAUGAGAUUGACGAAUGGACAGAAACUCGAAGAAAUGAAACUGAACUGAGAUCACGCUGAAAUCAAGCUCAGAAACAAAGAAAAAGUUAGGAAAAAAAAAAGAUAUAUAAUUUUCAUUUUGAUCUCAGACCAAAUGGGAUUUGUAACAAGAAGAUAAUGAGAGAGGGGUCGAGAAGAAGAGAUAAUUUCAAAAUCUUUUUAAUGACUUAACCAAAUGUUAUUGUACACGCUUAAUACUUUAAGCUUAAAACUUCUAAACUACCUAUUAAUAACGCGGGUUGGCUGAUUUUUCAGUCCUUAACUAUUUGCAAACUCAAUGAUUCCCCCUAUAUUUUUUUGCUCUUAAAAAACUAUCAACAACUAACAUUUUUUCUCAAUAAACCAUCACAUACUUUCGAAUUCAUCUUGAAAAAUACGCCUCCAAUUGAACCGGUCAUUAAACCGGGUUUAACCACAAAUCCGCGUUUAUUGUACCGCGAUUAGGAUUACCCGUAUGAUUAUCCAUGACCCGAGAGUGAAAACGGCGUCGUUUUCACUCUUCUCUCAAUUUCUCAAACUCGCAAAUCGUCAUUGUUCACCCAUUUCAAAAUUAGGGUUCUUCAGAGAAAAGGUGAAAGGGGAUCCUCCAUCUUCUUAAAGUUCACCCUCUAUCUUCUUACUCAUCGCAUCCUCCAUCUUCUUAAAUUUUUUGUUUUGGAGCUUCAUAGUACCCAUCACUUCCAUCCUAAAAGCAUUGACAUCCUCUGCAACUAACUUACACUUCUCCUCGACCAUCCUAAUUUCUUCUAAGAGAGCUUCAUCAACCCAUUUGAACAAGUGAUCCUCAUUUUUUCUCUAUACACAUAACCUCCGAUCAAUAAUACUCCAUCGUCUUUUCAAAUCAACAAUUUAACCAAAUAGAAAAACGUACCUUCAUUGCAAUCGCGCAUCGGUAGAAUCUCCGGUAUGGAUUCUCCUUCGUUUUUGAUGUGAAUGUGAUGAUAUCCUCUCCACACCAGGAGGAGAAAACCGAUGCGCCGGAAUUUAAGCGGAUGAGUAGUAGCUCGUUGUGCUCAUCGUCUCUGCAAUUUCAGAAAUUUAGUACCAAAUAUUGAUGAAGAUGAACCCUAAACCCCAAAUCGAUUUUAUGUACAAGAUCGACGUCGUUUUGGUUUCGUUUUGAGACAUAGAGAGACAAGUGAAAACGACGUCGUUUUCACUCUCGGAUCAUGGAUAAUCAUACAGGUAAUCCUAAUCGUGGUACAGUAAACGCGGAUUUGUGGUUAAACCCGGUUUAAUGGCCGGUUCAAUUGGAGGCGUAUUUUUCAAGAUGAAUCCAAAAGUAUGUGAUGGUUUAUUGAGAAAAAUGUUAGUUGUUGGUGGUUUUUUAAGAGCAAAAAAGUAUAGGGGGAAUCCUUGUGUUUGUAAAUAGUUAAGGGCUGAAAAAUCAGCCAACCCCUAAUCAUGCAUGCACACAACAAAUAAAUGGUUAUGUUGUUACAGCUUGAAAGGGCAUUCUUUUAAAAAAAAAAAAUCAAACCUAAAUUAACGAAAAUAGAAGUGUGUAUUCAUGCAAAUUAUUGACUACCCAUCCAUAGCUCAAGAUUCAAAUCUGUUCAAGAUGACCCAACGGUUGGAAGCGCAAGGGACUAACGAUCGCAAUUAUGAGUGGGAUGAUGGAUCGGACCAUGAUGAUGUAACAAAGAUAUCUGUGAGAGGUGACAUUAAUGGCAUACAAUACAUCCGAUUCGACUAUAUCAAGAGUGGACAAAUAAAAUAUGGAUCAUUUCAUGGUUGGACGAGUCCAGGUCUCUCACAAACGUUUGAGAUUAACAAACUAAAAGACGAACAACUUGAAUCCGUUGAGGGUUACUACGAACCCAACUCGGGUGUGAUUCAAGGAAUUCAAUUCAAAACCAACUUAAGGAUUUCUGAACUAAUAGGAUACGAAGAAAAUGGUACUAAGUUUUCACUAGCUGUGGAUGGAAAGAAGAUCAUUGGGUUUCAUGGAUCAAGUUCAUCAAAGCUCAAAUCUCUUGGAGCAUAUUUCACUAGGAUUUCUCCAACUAGAUUGGAAGUGAAAGGGAUAAAAGGAGGCAAGGAGUGGAACGAUGGAUCCGAUCAUGAAGGUGUUACAAAAAUCCAUGUACGAGGUGGUCCUGAAGGUAUACAAUACGUCAAGUUUGAUUAUAUUACGGAUGGCAAACAUAUAUAUGGGCAAGCUCAUGGUGCCACAGGUAGAGGUUUCACGCAACCGUUUGAGAUCGACCAUUUCAACAAGGAAUAUUUGGUAUCUGUUGAGGGUUACUAUGACAACGACAAACAUGGGGUCAUUCAAGGGCUUCAAUUCAGAACUAACAACAAGACUUCAGAAUUGAUGGGAUACGACAAUGGUAAGAAGUUUACACUAGCAGCUAGUGGAAAGAAGAUAAUUGGGUUUCAUGGAUUUGCUGAGAAGAAUCUAAACGCUCUGGGAGCAUAUUUCACAACUUUUCCUUUUACUAAAUUAGAACUCAAAGGUGGUACUACUCUAGGAAAAAUUUGGGAUGAUGGUGCUUUUGAGGGCGUAAGAAAGGUGUCCGUUCAUUCUAAAAACUCUUAUGUAAAUUGCGUCACAUUCCAUUAUGAAAACAAUGGCAAAGUGGAAAAGCGUGAGCAUGGGUCGAUGGCUGGAAAAGAAGAAGAGUUUGCGGUCGACUUUCCAAAUGAAUUUAUCACAUCCGUGGAAGGGACUCUGGAAACCGAUGGUUAUACGUGGAUUGCGUCCUUGACUUUCAAAACAUCUAGAGGGAGAACUUCUCCACCAUUUGGAAGUAUGACUAAAACUAAAUUCGUACUUGAGAAGAAAGGUUGCGCUGUGGUUGGGUUCCAUGGACGGUCUACUGGUUGUAUUUUGGCUCUUGGAGCAUAUUUUUAUCCGCUGCCUCCUCCGGUUGGUGUGGAGAAACUAGAAGCAAAAGGUAGUGAUAGAGGAGACUCUUGGGACGAUGGAAGUUUUGAUAGUAUUAGAAACAUAUACAUGGGACACAACGAGAUGGGUGUUGCAUUUGUCAAGUUUCUGUACGACAAAGACAGCCAGACAGUGAUCGGAGAUGAUCAUGGGAACAAGACAUUACUUGGAGUUGAUGAGUUUGAGUUGGAGUAUCCGAAAGAAUACCUGAUAUCAGUUGAGGGUAGUUGUGAUGUUUUAGACGGAAGUGAAUAUGAAGUUAUACGCAUGCUUAGUUUCAAGACCAAUAUGCGAACCUCUAAAAUUUUUGGACUCGAGACAACCUCAAGCUUCAUACUCCAGAAGGAAUGUCAUAAGAUCGUUGGGUUCCAUGGAAAAGUAAGUAACAUGCUUCAUCAAAUUGGUGUCCAUGUCCUACCUAUUACUGACUGAUCUUUUUUCAUAUAUUUUCAUAUAUAUAUAUAUAUAUAUAUAUAUGUGUGUGUGUCUGAACUUGAGGCAAAACAUUCUGGACCAAGUAUGAUCAUAUUUUUUAAUUAUCUCCUAUCUUGUAUACUCUGUCGCGUAUUAUUUCGUAUGUUUUAUUGGCGUGUCUUUCCCAGCCUCAUGUAAGUUAAUAUGAGUAUAUGACCGUUAAAAAUUUC